GGAACUUCCUGUGCAUCAGUUUCUGCCUGUUGCUUCUUGUCCUAUUGCUCAGCACCACUGAGCAGAGCUUGGCUCCGUCCUCGACUCCCUCCGUUUAGAUACUUGUAUACAUUGAUGAGGUUCCCUCUUAGUUGUCUCUUCUUGGAGGUGAACAGGCCCAGCUCCCUCUGCCUUUCCUCAUAUGAAAGAUGCUCCAGUCCCCUGAUCAUCUUCAUAGCCCUCCACUGACCUUACUUCAGAAACUCCAUGUCUCUUGUGCUGGGGAGCCCAGAACUGGACACAGCAGUCCCAAUGUGGCCUCACCUGGCAAUGCUCUUCCUAAUACCCCCCCAGGAUUCCAUUGGCCUUCUUGACCAGAGGGACACACUGCUGGCUCAUGGACAGCUUGUUGUCCACCAGGACCUUCUCCACAGCACUGCUCUCCAGCAGGUCAGAUCCCAGCCAGUACUGGUGCAGGGGGUUAUUCUUCCCCAGGUGCGGGACCCCACAUUUGCCCUUGUUGAAUUUCAGACAGUUCUUCUCUGCCCAUCUCCAACCUGCCAAGGACUGCACAGCACUCUGAAGGACUGCACAGCACUCUGGGGUAUCAACCACUCCUCCCAGCUUUGUGUUGUCAUCAAACUUGUUGAGGAGGCACUCUGUCCUUUCAUCCAGGUCAUUGAUGAAUAAAUUAAACAACUAAGUAUAUUGAUAUUUCUGGAGAAGACCAACCUGCCAAAAAAAAAAAACAAACCCGAGAUCAAAUGCUGUCCUUGAUUGCAUCCUUUCAGAUUUUCAUCUCUUCUAGUUAUGCACUCAGCUCUCCUCAUAGUGUUGCUAAAGGGACCAAAAGGGACUCCUUGUGAUAUCCGGACACAUUUUAAAUACUAUGUAGUGUAUUUGAUGAUGGUGUCAUUUCAUGCUUGCUGACAAAAAAAGUAAGCAUGACAUGUAUAUAAAUCUACCUUUACCAGUGUGGACAUGUUAAUACAAGCAGAAGUAAAGUUACUGGGUAUGAGGCUUUCUUUGCCUCAUCUUUUGAUGCCUUUUUACUUACUUGUUUUCUUGCUAGGAAAUGACAAAAACAAGUAGUUUUUCUUUGGAUAUGAAAUUCACUGACAGCAGUGUCUGUAGAUGACUAAAACUGCACACAAACACUGUUAAUGGGUGAUCUGUUGUUGACUAUGAAACAAUUCUUAAGCACAUAUUCUAAAGAGAACAUAUCAGUUUUUCUUGACAGAGAAAUUCUAUAAACAUGAGAUCCUGUGCUGAGAGAUUUUAUUGGAAGAGGAGCAAGAAUGUCAGAAGCAGUUUUUUGAGAACCUUUGGUGGAAGAAUCAAGACUGUGCUGUAUGUAAAUGAGGAGAAAGGGGAUACUUGUACAGGCCGCUCACAUAGUGAGAGGUGAGACAUAGUGGGGAAUUGAUGUUCUCUGAGGCACCCUAUUGCACACCAAAUUGUGGUGCCUUCACUCUGGCCUCCCUGAAACCUCUCUGGACAGCUACAGUCAGUGACAAAUUUGCCUUUGCUUCAGGCUGGUAAGAUGGGAAUUUAUUUAGAAAUACUCUGUUAGAAACUCUGAAAAGGGUUUAAAACAGUCAAAGGCAUGGAUCAGGUUGCUGUAACUCUCAAAGAAGAUCUGAACUGGGGGUUUUGAUGUUGUGGCUUAAUCACAAAGCAGUGCUUCCUCCUACCCAGGCUUCCCUGUUUGGUGCUGCUUUGCUGCCCUUAUCUUAUACCAGUAUUUGCAAAACCUGCUGACAAGGUUUUGAACUGGCUUGUUUGGCAAGUGCGGGCCACACCUCUGUUUCUCACAGCUGGAGUGCAGCCCAGUCCUGCGCAAAACUUCAGUCUGUAGCAAACAGCGCUUCACAGCCGGGCAUCCAGGAACUCUCCUUAUUUUCUGGGUGUCCCUGUCAGAUUUUCUGCAGAGACAAGAAGACAUUUUUCCCAUGUUCCAUAAGGUGCUGCGGGGCCCGCUUCCACCCGGAGUGCUGCCUUUCCUGGCAGCUGUGCUUUUCCAAAGGAAGGAGAGGAAAGAGACUGGGUUUUAUCACUGGCGGUGGGAAAAGCACCCUUACUACAACCUAACAGUGAAAGUCCUCCGAGCCAGAAACAUCAAGGGUACAGACCUGUUGUCCAAGGCAGACUGUUAUGUGGAACUAAAGCUGCCCACUGCAUCUCCCAUAGUCUCCCGAACUCAGGUUGUUGACAACAAUGAUAACCCAGAAUGGAAUGAAACUUUCCGGUAUCGAAUCCAUAGUGCUGUCAAGAACAUUCUGGAGUUGACACUCUAUGAUAAGGAUGUCCUUGUCAGUGAUGAGCUCACGUCUAUUGUCUUCGAUGUAGGGGGCAUGAAGCCGGGUCGGCCCCUGCUGCGCACUUUCAGGUUGAACUCUGAGGCUAAUGAAGAACUGGAUGUAGAGUUUUACUUGGAGAAAUGCUCAGAUGUCCCUACAGAGGUAUUGACCAAUGGAGUCCUUGUGGUUCAUCCUUGCUUGUCUCUGCAAGGCACUGUUAACAAAGGGGAAAACACAAAAGAGAAACAGCAAGGGUGCUGUGAAGUUAAGUUGUCUGUCCCAGGGGCAUAUCAAAAGCAGUUGAGUAUUCCUUGGACACCAGAUAAUGAGAAGCAUUAUGGAACCUCAUUUGUUUUUCAUGUGGAUAAAGAAAUGUGUCCAGAACUGCAAGUGCAGCUGGAGCAAACCAUAUCUGUUCUACAGGAUGGCGUGAACCCUGAUGUUGAAAAGCAUACUACAGUUCUGGGAUUGGGAACUGUACCAGUUAGUUCCCUUCCUAUUGGAGAAAAAGUUGAUAGAAGCAUUUCUUUGGGAGAGGGACAAAGUCUGGAUAUGAGUUUGAAAACUGAAGAGAGCACUUGGGAUCUUGAUAUACGUCUGGGUUUCGACCUCUGUAAAGAGGAGAGAGAAUUUUUGGACAAAAGGAAGAAAGUAGUUUCUGAGGCACUGAGAAAGAGUCUUCACUUAAAAGAAUCCCCUCCAAAAGAUGAGGUUCCAGUCAUAGCAGUACUGGGGUCUGGAGGUGGGAUGAGAGCACUGACAUCGUUCUAUGGCAGUCUUGCUGGGCUUCAGCAGCUGGGCCUUUUGGAUGCUGCAAUAUAUCUGUGUGGGAUUUCUGGCUCUACUUGGUGUUUAUCGACACUGUAUCAAGACCCCAAUUGGUCACAGAAAGACCUUCAAGAUGCAAUCAGAAGAGCUCAGGGUGCUGUGUCCAGCAGCAAAGCAGGGGCAUUUUCCCCAGAACGACUGAAAUACUAUUUCCAGGAGCUGAAUGCAAUGGAGAAUAGUGGACGGAAAGUUUCCUUUACAGAUUUGUGGGGCCUUAUUGUGGAAUUUUUCCUACAGCAGAAGGAAGACCCAUCAAAGCUGUCUGAUCAGCAAGAAGCAGUGAAAUGGGCCCAGAACCCUUACCCUAUCUAUGCAGCUGUCAAUGUGAGACCCAAUAUGAGCAGUGGUGACUUUGCAGAAUGGUGUGAGUUCACUCCCUAUGAAGUUGGAUUUCGCAAAUAUGGAGCUUUUGUCAGAACAGAGGACUUUGACAGUGAGUUCUUCAUGGGACGACUUAUCCAGAAACAUCCAGAGCCCAGGAUUUGUUUUCUACAAGGAAUGUGGGGCAGUGCUUUUGCGGCAAGCUUGGAUGACAUCUGCCUGAAGGUGAUUGGUAUAGGACUGAGCUUUCUAGAUUCCUUCAAAGAUGUUAUAAAAGUUGUAGAUGACUGCCGAAGAUUCCAUUUCCGAGACCCAGCACGACUGAAGACUCGCUUGGUUAUACCUGGGGGCCCCUUGCUACAAAUUUUUCAGGAUUUCUUCAAGUCCCGGGUCACAUGUGGAGAAACCUUCAACUUCAUGAAGGGAUUGUAUCUUCAUAAAGAUUAUGUUAACAUCAAGAAAUUUGUGACUUGGAGAGGUACUCAUCUGGAUGCAUUUCCCAACCAGCUGACCCCCAUGGAAGAGAGCUUAUAUUUAGUGGAUGGUGGCUUUUCUAUCAACUCUCCCUUUCCUUUGGUACUUCAGCCAGAGAGGGAUGUGGAUGUUAUCUUGUCAUUCAAUUUUUCCUGGGAAGCUCCAUUUGAGGUUUUAGAGCUGACUCAGAAAUAUUGUGAGGAGCGUGACAUUCCUUUUCCAAAAAUCAAAUUUAGUGAGGAAGAUGAAAAGAAGCCAAAGGAGUGUUACAUGUUUGUGGAUGACAAUAAUCCAAAGGCUCCAAUUGUAGUCCAUUUCCCAUUAGUGAAUGACACUUUCCAGAAAUACAAGGCUCCAGGAGUUGAACGUGAGUCAGAAGAAGAGAAAUCCUUUGGUGACUUCAUCAUUGAGUCAAAGGAUUCUCCUUACCGUACACUAAAUUUCACCUUUGAGCCAUAUGAUUUCAACAGGUUAGUGGAAGUGAAUCGCUACAAUGUUCUGAACAGCAAGGACACUCUUUUCAAAACCCUAAACUUGGCUCUGCAAAGGAGGAAGUUGAAGAAGGUCAUCAGUAAGUCCAAUACCUGAUCAGCUUCCAGAGCUGAGGAUACAGAGAGGCUACAGUGUACAAAAACCAUGAGGUUCAAGACAGAAUAUUGAAAAUGAAUUGCUGGGAAUUAUCUUCUUGGCAAGGGAGUAGUACAUGUGACACUGAAAAUUCAUUCCAGAUGAUGUGCUCUGAUGAAAACUCGAGGGAUGUACCGUACAACAUGGAUGUUGCUUCCUUGUGUGGGGAAGAGUAAGGAAUCAUCUAACCCAGUAUCUCAAUUUACAGUGGCUGAUGCCAGAUGAUUAGGGAGGUCUAUUCAAACAGUUCCAGCAUCUGGAGAAUAAUCUUCCAAAGUCCACUAAGCGAUGCACCUCUUUUUGUCAAAGGUGUGUUAGGGGAAACACUGAUUUCUUCUGUACUUUUAUCUCUCCUGCUUUUUGAAUCUCCUUUCAUGAACUUUUACAAUUUACAUCAUCUUGCAAGUAAUUCCACAGGUACACACACACUGAGAGAGAUGUGUCCUUUUGCUUUCAACUUGUUACUGGAUGAUGCCUGCAUACUUUCAAGACUGAACAGCGAUUACUUGCUUUCUAUUUUUGCCAUUCACGAUUUCAAAGAUCUUUGUGAUGUUUCCUUCCUGCCCUUCUCAGGGAUUUUAAUGACUUUUAGUCUACCAGAACUUCAAUAUUGAGUACCUUAUUUUCAUAAACAAUUUGUUUUUGAGGAAAUAAAUAUUCACUUUUUUAUGUUUAACAAUUAAAAACACAUUGUGGGAUUGUGUUGCUUCUUCCUACAGUUUGAUCAUCAUGAGACGAUGAAAGUGUGAUGAAAGUACCAUGAGUCUCGUCUUUCUCUUUGUGUAUAAGAGGAAGGAAGGCUCCUUUGAAGGGUUUGAAUUAGAUAUUUUCUGCCUUACACUUCAGUGUGCAGUUCAACCAGACCUUUGUUGGAGGAAUUUGCGUGUCUAUAUAUUUCAGAAACAUCAAUAGUCAAAGUAGGCACACCUUACAAAUGUGAAUGAAUAAAACAAUGUGCUGCAGUGCUGUGGGAUGGAAUUCACCUCACUUUGCAUAAAACUCAGAGAAAAGGACUGAAUUAUGCAGUUGGGAAAUAUGUGGUACAAAAAUAUGUAAUACAAAACAAUGACAAACAAGCAUUGUUUACUUUUGUGGCUUUUACACUGAGUUGAAUGUACUGAUUCUGUAUUUGAAAACUGGAGACAGGAAAUUUGUCUUAUGAAAGAAUGUAAAGGCUUAUAGAUGAUGAUUCUUGAUACAUUUUUUAAUGUGUUUCUCUUUUAAUAAAUAUUAGUUUUUCUCA